UCGUACAAUACCUAUCCUUGAAUAUUAAACUCGGAUAUAUAAAUAAACUCGGAUCGCUUAUCGUAAUAACCAAUUAAGAAACCCACAUAACGUAAUUCUACCUACGCGUCGGUCGCGUUGUCCACCUUAUUUUUGUGUCCAACGAUACCUAUCCUAAGGAAUCAGGGUGCGCUCUUUUCGUCAGGCCAAGCCAUGGAAUUUCCUGGCUAUCGUCAUAAGGCACUUGAUUUUCGGUGAACCGUAUUUUUGUCGCUGGCCCAAGAUGGAAGAGUAUACGCGGCCUCAUUUCUUUUUUCACGGCGAUGCGGGCGACGAAAAACUAGAAAGCGAGAAGCUACGUUGCCACUUCUGCCAGAUCCGUUCGUUCGCGACGCAUACUCGGUUCCCGAUCACCAUCAUUAAUACCGAGGAUGAUGCCGUGCUCGACCCCGAUUUCCGUUUCAUGGACAGGUCGGUUCUCGGAAAAGGUGUAGAACCAACUAAGAGAGAGUUCCUUACCGGUUGCGAGUGCGUCGAUUCGGAGGACUGCCAAUACAAUACGUGCAAUUGUCUUCAAGAUGUCGAGGACGAUAGUUCCGACGACGAAGACCUCUACGAUACCUACGGUGCGAAACCUCACAAGAAAGUCUACGCAUAUCAUAGCCACGGCGCUAGGGCGGGCCGACUACGUUCCAAGAUCCUCGCAUCGCGCGACCCCAUCUACGAAUGCCACGAGAGCUGCGCUUGCGGUCCGUACUGCCCAAACCGAGUCGUGGAAAGAGGUCGCCAGAUCCCGUUGCAGAUUUUUAGGACCAAGAACCGCGGCUGGGGCGUGCGAAGCACCGUGGACAUUAAGAGAGGCCAGUUCAUCGACAAGUAUAUGGGCGAGAUCAUUACCGCCGAAGAGGCCAACCGUCGGCGGGCGGAGUCGCACAUUGCGCAGCGCAAAGACGUAUACCUCUUCGCGCUCGAUAAGUUCUCCGACCCGGACUCUUACGACGACCGCCUGCGCGGAGCCCCGUUAGAAGUAGACGGUGAGUUCAUGUCCGGCCCGACCAGAUUUGUCAAUCACUCUUGCGAGCCGAACAUGCGCAUCUUUGCUCGGGUAGGGGACCAUGCGGACAAGCAUCUACACGACCUGGCAUUGUUUGCGCUCAGAGACAUACCCAGGGGCGAAGAGCUAACGUUUGAUUAUGUGGACGGGGUGGAUGAUUCAGAAAAAGAUGCUCUAGAUCCGGAGAAGCAGAAAGAUAUGACACGUUGUUUGUGUGGAAGCAAAGGUUGUAGAGGUUACCUCUGGUGACGAUAUAGGUAUGACGAGGGCUACUAAGUAUGCCGUUGGUGAGGUGAAUAGUAAGUUACUACCUGCCUUAUGCCGUUGGGUGUAGCACCCCGUUCACCGGUACGACUGGCUCGGGUUAUUUACAAGAUAGCCAUCAGAGAAAUACAAGAUCAGACAAUGACGAACAUACCACGUGGCUACAUAUCACAAGAAUACAGACAUUCCAAUGCAGUACAUGUCACUCGUUUGCAAGAUCCUACAAAAUACCGA